AUGACAGAAACAACUAAAAAACCAGAGACGACAGAGGACAAGAAAACUUUCAUAGUCACGUUGAAAGAGCAGGCAGCAGCACCAGCCGUUGCAAAAUUCAAGAAUGCCGUUGCCGCAUUAGGCGGAAGCAUUGAGCAUGAAUAUUCACUUAUUAAAGGAUAUGUCGUUAAACUUCCAUCUAUUCAUGCCGAGAAGUUGAACAAGGAUGAAAAUGUUGCAAGUGUUGAGGAAGACAAAGAGGUGAAAGCCAACAGCGUUUGA